UGUCAAAGUCAAUAGUCAAUGAUGAUAAAGUUUUGUCAUAGAAAAAAUUUUAAGCGAAAUAAUGAUCACAAACAAUUUCAGUUUCAAUGUUAAUAAUAAGAUAAUAUGAGGAUAACAACACUAACCCUCGGGGUGUUUAUGUCGAUGGUUUUGCUUGCAAUCUUUUUUGCUCAUGUGGUUAAUUUAUUAAGCACUGCAGCAGCACCUCAAGAAUCAAAUAAAUCCACUUUUAUAAAUGUAACAGAUUCACCAGAUCAUAUAUUAUGGUUUUUGCAAGUAACGGAUAUACACAUAAGUAUCUUUAAGGAUCAUAAUAGAAUAACUGAAUUUAGAGAAUUCUGUGAUUUAACUGUAGGAGCGAUACAACCCAGUGUAGUGCUAGCCUCUGGGGAUUUGACUGAUGCUAAAACCAAAGAUGCCAUUGGUUCACAACAACAUGAAUCCGAAUGGAAAUAUUACAGGGAUAUCUUGAAAGAAACGCGAAUGAGAGAUCGGACGCUUUGGCUAGAUAUAAGAGGAAAUCAUGAUAAUUUCAACGUGGCAGAGUUAUCUUCCAAGCAUAAUUAUUUUACAAAUUAUUCAAUGCAAGGAAAAGUACAUCCAAGAUCGUACAUGUACCAAGUAAAAAAGGCGAAUGCAGUAUAUACAUUUAUGGGAAUCGACGCAUGUUUGGAACCAGGUCCAAAACGGCCCUUCAAUUUUAUAGGUUUACUGGAUGAUAUAGAAAUAAACGAAAUAAAUGCGCUUAUUGAUAAAACUGAAGCCGGCCCCAACAACUAUACAAUAUAUUUCGGACAUUUUCCUACCUCUUGCAUAGUAACCACUUCUGACGACAAUGUUAGAGAUAUACUUGGCAGACAUAAACAAGGUCUGGUUUAUGUAUGCGGUCAUCUACAUAAACUUGGCGGACUGAUUCCACAAAUGUACACGCUACAGAAAGCAGGAUUUCUGGAACUUGAACUCGGAGAUUGGAUGGACAAUAGAGUGUAUAGAUUGUUGGCAGUUGACCAUGGACUGUUAUCUUUUAAGGACGUAUAUCAUAGAAGUUGGCCUAUAUUUUUAAUAACAAAUCCGAAACAUGCCCUUUUUGUGAACCCAAAUAGAGAGAAUAUGGAAGUUAUGAAAAAUUCUACACACAUUAGAAUUUUAGCAUUUUCGAUAUCGACAAUAGAUGUUGUAAAGAUAAAAAUAAACAAAGAAGACUGGAUGCAUUGCAAACGAGUAAAAGGUCCAUUAUUUGUCGCCCCCUGGAAUCCACAGAAAUAUUUACAUGGCCUACACUACAUUGAGGUUUACGUAAAAGAUUCUGAAGGAAGAGUUAAUUCAGAAAGUCAACCAUUUGCUUUAGAUGGGGCAGAUCUGUCGUUUGGAAUAUUACCGAAAUUGGCUCUUAUGACUAACGCUAGUCUAGUAUUUAAACUAUUUUUCUUCGUGAUCUUGUUCCUGACUACUUUGCCUCUUUUUGUGAUUAGAUACAUACAUUUUUUGGUAUCAGAAGGAAGACUGGUCAAACCAAAGCUACGAAAGUCGUGUUGGUAUAAUUGUUUUAAGAAAAUAUGGAUUCUCACCACAGUAGAUAGGAUCUUUUGGCCUAUCGUUGUAUACCCCAUUUACUUAGCUGUCGGACCUUGGACAGUGGGAUAUUUGGUAGAAGAUCAUAUUGGUGCUAUUUUUGCAUGGGGUAUUAUAGUUCAUAAUAGCUUUUUACCGGGAGCGUUUACGUAUGCGUAUGGUUUCUUACAGCUAUUGUUGUUUCAUCUUCCGUUAAUAUUCAUAUUAGCGAAUGCAGUAUUCAUUAGAUUUCGAGAGGUAACACUUAAAGUAGGAAACAAGCAAUCAAUAAGAAGUCGAGUAUGUCGGCAUUUGCCUUUUACUGUAAUAUUUGUGAUUCAAGUGAUAACGGCGUACCUCUUCUGGUUGGCGUAUGGUACGUUGGCAUUUUUAUUGGGACCUUUGAGGACGUGGUCCUUAAUCUUAGCCGGAGUUUUGUAUUAUCAUGCGAUGCGUCUUCCAGAGAAAUGCACAAGGAAAGCCGCAGAGAUUUGGUACGUGCCAUCAAGUGCUAGUCUUAAUGAAACUAAUGAAGAACUUUCCCCAAUUCAAAAAUCUAACUGAGCAUAAGAAUACUUAUAUAUUAUAUUUAGAUAAAUAUCUAGGUCAAAAUAUUGACGUUAAAAUAUCAUCACCAAAGAAUUUCAAUAGCCCAUGCCAAAUAUAUUUUUGAAAAAUUGUCGAAACUUUAAUUAAUUUUAUAAUUUAUUUUAUUUUAAUUAAUUUAAGUUUAUUUUUAAUAUUUUUUUUCAUUACGUAGGUAACCUUCUACAUAGACUGACAAUAAUUUUAAAAUUAUUCUUUAUUAUUUUUUUUAAUAUUCGAAUAUUUUUCUUAUUAUUCCUUCCAUCUUUGUAGAUUAAAUUUAAGAAUAGUGUGCUAACUUUAGAUUUUAAUUUGUUUUAAUUUUAAUGGGUUUAAUCCAUAGUUUGUAGAAUAGAAGAUUAUUAUUGACUCCCUUGCUCAAAAGCGAUUUUUUUUUAAAUUCGUUUAUUUUGUAAAUUACAUUUUAGAAAAAUAUACGUGUUUUCCACUAAAGUUCGUUGCACGUCAUCGAUGACAUUUAGAGUUUAUAGACUGCUUAUGGCCGGUUUCACCAACGACAAAUAGUAGUCUAUUCUAUGAUUAAAGUUAUUCGACCAAUAAACUGACAUUUCUCCAUUUUACUAACGUCAAAUAAGACUUAUUUUAAUUAUUUAUUAACGAAAUAUUUACUCUUCGGAUAAAUUGGCAAGUUAAUCUCGCUGUAAAUAUCUAUAAGAAAGUAAAUUCGUCAGUUUAACUUUAAAUUAUCAAAAUUAUAUUGAAACAAAAUAAAAAUAUAAACGUCUAACCCAUUGUCCUAGGUGAACGACAAACGCGACAACGCGACGCGACGCAAAAAUAUCAAGUAAUGGUUGUAUUUGUGUGUGGCCUACGUUUUCGUGUUAAUCAGUCUACGACAAGACGCGACGAAGUGCGAACUUGUUUUGUUCGCGACGAGACACGACGCAGUGUCAAACUUGUAGUGUCAAGUGCAAGUUGCUUUUUUCAAUUCAAAUUAUGCUACUCCAUAGUUUAUUAUAUAAAUAAAAACUAAUAUAGUACCCGUGUUUUUCAUUAAUUAAAGCCAGUAACAGCGUCUCCUCAAUAGAAAUUGCUUUUUGAAAAUUACUUAUUGACAGUUGAGUACUGUUGAAUAAAUGAUGAAACUCUCCAAAUUUAUUUCGCUCUAAAUAUAUGAUAUUUGUUGUCUUUCUUCUUCGUUUAUGGAUUUUUUUAAAGCUAAGUAUUUAAUAUGAAUUUUCUAGUAACAGUGCCGUAUACUUCCCCAUACUUAAGAUUAGGAAUGAAUUGACAUCGUCACGUUUGUCCUAGAUUGCGCGAUGGAAAGCGACGCUACAUAAGCCACAAGUCGCGUGAAUUACUGGUCGCAUCGUAUCGCACCGCAUAGCGUCGCGUCGUUUUCCGUCGCUCACCUAGGACAACGGGUCGUAAUGGUUGUAUUUGUGUGUGGCCUACGUUUUCGGAUUAAUCAGUCUACGACAAGACGCGACGAAGUACGAACUUGUUUUGUUCGCGACGAGAACAGACGCAGUGUGACACUCCAUUGCUUUUGUCAAUACAAAUUAUGCUACGCAAUAGUUUAUUAAAUAAAUAAAAACUAAUAGUAAAUAUAUAGUAUCAGUAUUUUCUCAUUAACAUACCUUAAAGUCAGUAAAAGCCUCUCCUCAAUAGAAAUUGGUUUUUGAAAAUUACUUAUUGACAGUUGAAUACUGGGUUGAACAGGUGCAAUAAUACAAUCGAAAGUGUUUGGUAAUAAGCCACAAUACUCUUUAAACCAAUGUGAAUUAUUUUUCUUAAUUUUGAAUAUAAAUAAUGAUGAAACUCUCGAAAUUUAUUUAACUCUAAAUAUCAUAUAAGUGUUUAAAAUAUGAAUUUUCUAAUAACACUGCCGUAUACUUCCCUAUAUUUAAGAAUAGGAAUGAAUUGACAUCGUCACGUUUGUCCUAGGUUGAGCGAUGGAAAGCGACGUGAUGCGACGCUACAUAAGCCACACGUCGCGUGAAUUACUGGUCGCAUCGUAUCGCAAUGCAUCGCGUCGCGUCGUUUUCCGUCGCUCACCUAGGACAACGGGUUAUAAAUGUUAUUCGAUGAAUAACUAUUCAAUGAUUUAUUUGUUGUUGGUGAAACCGGACCUUAGAGUUUUUCUAUGUAUAUUGAUAUGUCUAUGAGUAUAUUGAAAAAUUUAAUUACACUAAUCACAAGAAGUAUCGCAGAAUUUCAGCGCAGAGUGUCUGUCAGAUCCACAAGGAGCAAAUCUUGACUCAUUCUGCUAAAAAUUAAAAAUUAUUUUUAACAUUUUUUUCGGUUUCAAAAAUUAUGCGAUACUUUUAGUGAUUAAUGUAUUUUUAUUAUUUUAACCUUACAUCUCUAUCUCGAAUCGGUUCGAAUAAAAUUUUUUAGGCCUAUCUAAUCGAAAUAAAAAUUUUUUCUCUCUUGGAAAUGUUUCGGAAAAUGCUUUAUUUUCGAGUUAUAAAAUUAUUUGAUUACUUUUUGGGAUUAAUGUAUUUUUAUUAUUUUAAACUUAUAUCUCUAUCUCGAAUCGGUUCGAAUAAUUUUUUUAGGCUUAUCUAAUCGAAAUAAAAAUUUUCUCUCUCUUGGAAAUCUUUCGGAAAAUCCUUUCUUCUCGAGUUAUUGCAAUUUUUGUUGAAAAAUACUUUAAUUAGUGAUUGUUGCAAUAUUUUUCUAAAAAACUAUUAUUGCAGUUUUACAAAAAGUUUUAUAAUAAUCUUGAUCACCGUUAUCGAAGUUCGCCAGUAACGGCAGUUAUCGGUGAUUUAUAAAUCACGGCGACUGAAUCACUGGUAGUGAAAUCACGUCUUAUUACUAAGGCAAACGUCUCGCCUAUUUAUACUGUAGAAUAGGGAACUUGCAUAAAUUUUUAAAUUCGAAAAAAAUGUUAUAAAUCACAACAGAACAUAAUUUAAAACAUGUAUCAAAGAUUAAAAAGUUUUGUUUGUCUUUCGUUUGGCCCCUAAAGACGAUUAAAAAUUCAAAUUAAAACAGGUGGCUCAAAACGCGUCGUGACGUCACUGGGUUGUACAUUUACAUGUUUCCAAUAAAGUAAACAGAAUUUUAAAUUAGACGUUAUAAACAUCAGUAGAAAAUACAUUUAUGUGACGUUACAAGUGUUUUUGAUCGUUUGAACUAUUCAUAGAAAGUUUUUACUUUUACAAAAUGGUUUUAUUUUCAAUAGCAAACCUUUGUUCCUUUCCUUCAAAAACAGUAUAAAACUCCAAUUUUAACAAACAGGUAUAUAUUAUUACAAUGACAUACGAUAAAUGUCAUUAGAAUAUAAAUAUUUUUGACUUAUUCCACGACGAUGAGCUGGCCAAAUACCCAAGUAGGUGGAGGCCAAUAAACUAAAGAAGGAGAAGAAGAAUAGACCUAAAUAUAAGGUUGUGUCUAGGUAUACGUUAACGUGUACGCAAAUAAAAAAGUUAUGAGUGUCAGUGAUUUCUUAUUUUUUAUUUGUUUAGUGUUUGUUUUUAAAUUAACUAUGGAGUGUGGACAAUUAUUUAGUUCUUUUAACGAGUUUAAGAACAUUUUAAAACAGUACGAAAAAGAUAAGAGACUAUAAAUUAAUAUAUAUUUUUUUUAGUUAUAAAUGACUGUAUGUAAUGUAUUACCGUCCAAGAUUAAAAUAAAAGGAAGACAUAAAGCUUUCACAAUAAUAAUUAACUUGUUCUGAAGCUAUUAUCCUUUUGGAAUUUUUGUAAUCAACUAUUCUAAAUGAGAACUAAGCCACAAUUUAACUAAAAAAUUAAUUUUAUUAACGUUUCGACGUCUAAACCGGAUGUCGUUGUCAAAAUACAAAAUAUUAUUAAAUUAAACAAAAAUGUUGUUGCUUAGUAAAACAUUUUUUCUAAUAAUUUAUUUAAUCUAACUAAUUUUUGUAUUUUGACAAUGACAUCCGACUUGGACGUCGAAACGUUAAUAAAAUAAUUUUUUUAGUUAAAUUGUGGCUUAUUUUGCAUUUAGAAUAGUUGAUUAUAAUAAUUUACUUACAUAUAAAAAUUAUUUUAACAAUAUUUUGUACCUACAUGCCAUGUCAACUAAAUACAUAUAAUUAUUUUGCUAACCUAAAUAUAUACUUUUAUAUAUAUACAUUGAUUUAUUACAAUUAAGUUUGAAACAUCUGAAUAGUUCUGCUUCCCUUCCCUUAACAAAUAUUUUUCUAUCAAACAAACACUAAACAUAUCAAAAUAGCAUGUACUAAAAUGUAUAGUCACUGCGCAAGCUAAAUAAUGACCUCACUGGCUUGAUGAAGUUUAAUUCGCGUCUACCUAACUUUUUUAUUUGCGUACACGUUAGCGUGUACCUAGACACAGCGAAAUAUAACCAUAAUCAAAACUAAUGCAAAACUAUGUGACUUCACGGGCCGUUUGAACUAUUUUAUACCGCAGAAGACUUUAAAUAUGUAUUUCUAAGUUAUUACGAGUUUUUGAAGAGUGAAAUUUUGGAAAUCUCAUUUUUAAACAAAACUGAACAUUAUUAUCUAAUAAAAAAAAUGUGCAAGUUCCCUAUUGAACCCAAGCCACAUAACUGUUGCGGUACACAGUGUUCAAUACGAAUCCCGAUCUCUUUUAUAUUAACUAGUCUGUACAUGUACAUGUUAAGAAAAGAAAAUAGUUUCUUGUCAAUGUCUAGAAGUAUUAUAACUCGAACAAAAAAUUGAUCAGAUGUAGAGUGGUAUCAUUUUGUGGGCACUAAGUGCAAAAAGAUGUCGUUCAAGUCAAGUGUUGGUCGCUUGUUGCUAUAUUGCGAAUUUUGCAGCACAAUUCGGGAAAAAUCAAGUUUACUGAACAGGCCAUUCACAUUGCAAUUUACAUUCCAUUGGAUCGCAGAAAGGAUGGCCUCUUAACUGCUGUCUACCAUAAUUUAUUGUUCCGUCUGUGUCGAGAUAAGAACUUUUUUGAGAUAGAAAAAUGUUGUUACAUUUUUGAUGAAAGAACAUAUUUAAUUGUUGUAAGUAGUCAAAAAUAUGUUUAAUUAACGACACUUGCUAAUAUACAGGGUGGUUCAUCUUAUUCGCCUCGGUCUCUGUACGGAAAACCACUUGAUAUUUUAAACAAAUUUCUUCACAGAAAUAUACAGGGCCUUUAAUACUACAAUCUAAAAAUAAUGUGAAUUAUACAGGGUGCUCCAAAAAAGAGUUGUAUAUCAAAGUUAUAUUUUUUCUUAUGGAAUGCCCUAUAUCUGAUGACAUUAUUGAAUUGACCUUAAAAAAUAAGCUAUACUUUUAUAAGGGUUCCCUAUACCUAAAUAUAGGGUGUUUUGAUUUAUUUCGAUUUUUAUAAAAAUGUAAGGUUUUAGAAAAAAAUAAAUAUCUACGAAUCUAAGAAUCAGUAACAAAUUCUUUCUUGGAUCUUAAUAGUAAACUAUUUAGCAUACUUAAACAGAUGCUUAUUGCAACAAAAUUUUUUACAGGGUGGUCAAAAUAUGAGAUUGUUCUAUUAACAAAUUCAAGCUGUAAUAAGUUACUUAUUUUAAAUGGAACACUCUGUAUCUUACUAGUCUAUCGCGUAGGAAAUUUACUUAGCUUUCAAUUUGUAUUAGGGUUUCCUAUACCUAUCUCCCUUCAUUUUUUAAAUUUCCUAAUUUGUAGGCUUUAAAAAUUAGAAUUAAGUACCUAUGUCGUGGUUAUGUACAACACAUCACCAACACCGGCAAUAUACUUAGAUAUCUUAGUCAAGAUACUUUCAUUAAUAAAAUUCACAUUUUUAUCAUUUAAUCACACAGAGUAUUCUUAUUUUAGAUGACAUACUCGAUAUUCUAUUCUUUAUAAUGGAAGAUAUUUAAAAUCUCUUCAAUUCGAUGUAAACAUUCUCAAUAUACAUGUUAUUCUGUAAAUUAUAUAAAUUCCCAUGUUAUUCUGUAAAUACCCAUUUUUACAUAUUUUUGUCCAAUAUGCUCGUUUUCGUCAAAGUAGCCAUUGCAUUUAAUUGUUUGUAAUUGCGAUUCAAAGAUUCAAACAAAAAUGGUAUUCUUAAAUUUACUUAAUAACCGUUGGGUUAAGAUAUGGAAAAUACUUAUACGGAAUGAAAUAUAAUUUAAAUAUCUUCCAGAAUACGGCAUCUAAUAUAGGGUAUGCAGUUUAAUAUAAACAUAUUCAAUGUCACAUGUAGUAGGCCAAAAUCAACUAAAAUAAUACAGCACUCUGUGUGAUUACAUUAUAACAAUGAAAAUUUUAUUAAUGACAGUAUCUUGUCUACGUAUAUUGCCGGUAUUGGUGAUGUGUUGUACAUAACCACGACAUGGGUACUUAAUUCUAAUUUUUAAAGCUUACAAAUUAGGAAAUCUUUAAAUAUUUAAAAAAUGAAGGGAGAUAGGUAUAAAAAACCCUAAUAAGAAUUUAAAGCUAAGUAAAUUUUCUUCGCGAUAGACUAGUAAGAUACAGGGUGUUCCAUUUAAAAUACGUAACUUAUUACAGCUUGAAUUUGUUAAUAGAACAAUCUCAUAUUUUGACAUCCUGUAAGAAAUUUUGUUGCAAUAAGCAUAUGUUUAAGUAUGCUAAAAAGUUUACUAUUAAGAUCCAAGAAAGAAUUUGUUACUGAUUCUUAGAUUCGUGUAGAUAUUUAUUUUUUUCUAAAACCUCACAUUUUUAUAAAAAUCGAAAUAAAUCAAAACACCCUGUAUUUAGAUAUAGGGAACACUUAUGAAAGUAUACCUUAUUUUUUAAGGUCAAUUCAAUAAUGUCAUCAGAUAUAGCGCAUUCCAUAAGAAAAAAUAUAACUUUGAUAUACAACUCUUUUUUGGAGCAACCUGUAUAAUUCACAUUAUUUUUAGAUUGUAUUAUUAAUGGCUGUGUAUAUUUCUGUGAAGAAAUUUUUUUAAAUAUCAAGUGGUUUUCCGUACAGACACCGAGGCGAAUAAGAUGAACCACCCUGUAUUCAUUAUUUUUUAUUUCUCUUACUUACUCUUCCAAGUAUUCUUCCAAUAUUUACAUUUUUCAUUAUUUAGUACACAUACAUAAAUAUGUACGUUAAACAGUUUUUCAACAAAACUCUUACAAAUGAUCCACAAAGACCACAGUAGUGCUCUGGUUAAGUUUUUUAACGAUGUAUGUGCUACUGAAAAUGCCCAAGAAAUAGCUGAAGUCUGUUUUUACAGCCCUUCCGAAUAAACAAUGAGCUAAAAGGUGCGGCGAAUACAGAUUAAUUAGUCUGAUGAGCUACACAUACAAGAUUUUUCUUCGCGUGGUACAUGGAAAAAUAAGGAGUAGAUGCAACAUCGAACAUGGACCUAAAUUAAACCCAGUUGGGCUAUCCCAGUGCUCUUGACAAGCGUGAGACACUUUUUGCCUUAAAUAGACUUCUUCAAGAGUGUCAGAACCAACGUAAAAAUAUAUUUAUCGAUUACGAAAACGCAUUUGAACAUAUGAAGAACUUCGGGAAUUGAUAUUAAAGAUAUCCGUAUCACUGGAAGUAGAAAGUAGUAGUUUGAAUCGAUACAGGGAAUGUUACAUGCAACAAGCUAUAAGACAGGGACGGACAGUAUAUCACUAUUAAUUGGCACUAAAUUUGUAAAUCUAUCGUCUAAAGUCUAAGCUAAGCCAUUGGCACUUUACCCCUCCUCUGUUAUAAUAUGUUAUGUAAAGUUGCCAUCUUUAUGAAAUAUUUAAUAUUAUUUAUUUAUAAGUAUAUUCUAAGGACCACAUCUUUAUUUUAAAUUAGUUUUAUAAGACUAUUAAAAGGUUAGUUGACAUACAUACAUAAUUUACAAUAUUACAUUGAUAUUGAACACGUAUAUUAGUUAUAUAUAUAUAUAUAUAUAUAUAUAUAUAUAUAUAUAUAUGUAUAGUAGUCGUUAGAUUCACGUAGUUAUAAAAAAUCAACUGACCUUUUAAUAUGCGAUUAUAUUACCAUACAGUUGUGUAAGUUAAAGGUAUUUUUAAGUGUAUAAUUUUUAAUUUUGUACGAAGAAAAUAUAAUGAUUUGCUUAAGAGAAUAAUUUCUUUGGUUGUGAUGUUAUUUUCCCGUCUUGUCCACUAGAGACUAGAGUAUUUAAUCAGUAUGACUGAUUUUACCAUAUUAUAGUAUUUAUUUUUCGUACUCACCUCUUCUAAAUAUGUGAUGUAAUCCUAAAGAUGUUAUUUAUUUUUACGUGUACAAUAAAGAUAUAUCUGCAAAUUGUUUAAAAUUA